UUUUCAAGAAGUGGUCUCGGCUUUACCCCCUCUUCCAGUCUUCCUCCUUUGAUCCUAUCCCCUUCCCCUCCUCCGUUUUACCUCAUCUCCUCCCUCGGGCCUCGGCUGUCGUUCUUGGCUCUUGCUGUGUUCCUCCAUAGAUAGAUAGAUCUGGCACUGGGGAUUUGGGGGUUUCCAGGCGCGCCUAUGUCGCAAGAACCAGAGCGUGCGGCGGUGACGGCUGCGUCCGGCGAGCUUCCGCCUGCCAAAAGGAAGAAGACUGAUCCGAGUUUUGCAGAAUGCUCGCCGGCGGUUCCGGCCAUGGCGACCGCAGGCUGGUCCACGCUCCCGCCCGACCUCGUCCGCCGCGUCGCCGACUCCCUCCUGGCCACCAACGACAUCGACUGCUACAUGGACUACCGCGCCGUCUGCUCCGGCUGGCGCGCCGCCACCGACGACCCCAGGAGCGACGCCACCGACCCCCGCUUCCGCCCGCGCCGCUGGAUCCUCCUCGACGAGGUCUUCCAGAGCCAAGGAAAAGAGAUGCUCCUGCUAAACAUCGACACCGGCCGUUUUCUCCGUAAGAAUCUCCCGCAGCUCGGGGAUUACCACGCCGUGGCCAUCACUCACAGAGGCUACUUGGUCCUGGCGGAGAAAAGCCCUCCUCACGCCGCUCGCGUCCUCAACCCUCUUACCGGCGUCGUGAUCUCUUUCGCGGCGCCCGUGCCCCCCGAUGUGGGGAUUGCUGAUGUCACUUUCCCGCACGGCACUUCGCUCCGGCUCGCCGUGUUCUGCGACUCAUCUGGCGAGGCUUACGCGGCCGAUCCUCACAGUGAAAGUUUCAUCAGGCACGAGUAUGAGGAGCGAGCAACUUACGAUUUCUUCCAGAAGGCAGCUGUAGGUGGUGUCUACGCACGCAUGCCUUAUCACGCCCUUCUUUCCAAUUUCUUCUCCAGCAAUCAUCUUGGAGAUCCGUACAGCCUCGAGGGUUUCCUAGUGGGUUUGGAUGGGCAUAUAUGUGUCGUAUUGAAGAUCUUGGAUCCAGGCGAUCCACAUGGAGAAUUUUCUCUCAGUGCUUUCCAAUUUGACACCGAGACAGGUAUGAUCUGCCGUAUGAAGACCACAGGCAGAUUUGCCAUCUUCAUCGGUGACCACAGGUGCUUGGCUGUCGAUACUGAUAAGUUCCCAGGCACUGAGGCAAACUGUGUGUACUACACUGAUCAUCAAGGACAUAUCUGCAAGUGCAACAUCAAGGACGGAAAAAUGGAGAAGAUCUCUGAAGCUGCAGAUUUCGUUAAGCAGGACAAACAGUUUGUCCUGGUCGCCGACCGUCCUUGCACCAUCAUCCACUUUCUCGCCAGCUACACAGUCAACAUCCCGGAUUCUCAGCUGGCCUUGCAACAGAUUCCAUAAGGCGCCGGCAUAUCUUCAUUCAACUCUGGGGAUAUUGUUCUCGAUGACCGACCUACAACAAGGCUAUGCAUUUGCUAAGUAUUGUUCAUGUUUUCCUUCUAGUAGUCUUUUAUUUCGCUACUAUGGUUAUGCCUUGCCUUAUUAAUUGUAAAACAACAGGUUGAUCCUAGGUUAGAUAUCACCUGUAGUGGAACUAUAGUUUGUUGUCUUAAUUAGUAGUGCUUGGUAUCAACCUAGUGCUAUAUCUAUUGUGCUU